AUUGAGAGCGUUCCAGUCAAGUGAAUUCCAAAUUCAAUCGUCAACAUGUUUAAGUUUGUUCUAGUUCUUGCGCUGGCUGUGGCUGUUUGCGCUUCAUGGGAAGGAGGGCAUGACGGUGGACAUGGAGGUCAUCAUGAGCAUCAUGAUUAUCACUCGCAUCCCAGUUAUAAGUUCGAAUACGGAGUGAAGGAUCAUAAAACGGGAGAUCACAAGAGUCAGUGGGAACAUCGAGAUGGAGAUGUGGUCAAGGGAGAGUACACCCUGGAUGAAGCUGAUGGAACCAAACGAAUUGUGCAGUACAACUCGGACAAACAUAACGGAUUCCAGGCUCAUGUGACCCGAGUUGGUCAUGCCAAUCAUCCACAGGUGUAUCACCAUCAUCAUGAGGCAGGACAUGGAGGCCACGGAGGAUUCGAAGGACACGGUCAUCAUGGCCAUGGCCAUGCCAGCAGCUACGCCAACUCGAACCUGCACUCGCAUCAUCAUCACUAA